AUGCUUACAAUCCUACUUGACAUGGUAGGCAAAGAGUUGAUUGAGAAAAACUGUAAUUCAAAGAUUGGAUCUUUUGAAAUUGAAAAAAAUUCGAAUUUACCCAGCAUGUAUUAUGAGUUAAUAAUUGAUGUUAUUCAAUUGCAUGUUUUAAAAAGUAUUAUACAAAUUCUUUUGGAAUCACAGAAAAUGAUUUUGAUUAAAGGGUCAAUAGAAGAUAGCUUCAACUUGAAAGGAAUCUAUAUAGGUUUUGGAUUAAUCAAGGUGAUGAAUAGUGACCCUGAAGAGAUCUGUAAAGCAAUGAGCAAAACCUCAAGACAUGAAUCUUUGUUUGAUACAACUCCACUUUAUUCAGCACCAAGAGAAUUGAUAAAACCACUCGAUACACACAAGAGUGAAACAUUCCCGAAAAACGACUCGCAAAACAAUUUUGUCGAAAGAAAGUUCAACCUAAAUUCAACGCAAGUAACCAAAAUAUUAGGUAAAAAUGGUCAAACUUUAAAUUCAAUUAGACUUCAGCUGAAAUGUUGGAUCAACGUUGAGAAUCCACUAAUAUUGGAACAUCAAUAUAGAAGAAAAGAUGUGAUGCAAACGAUAACUAUUGGGGGAACACCAAGUAAUGUUCAAAUUGUGCUUGAUGAGCUCAUGCAAUUAUUAAAGUCUUUUGCAAAGACUGGAUAA